CUGGGAAGGGGGCGGGGCGCGGCGGCGAGGCCGGAAGCUGACGGCUGCGGCGGGGUCCUGGCUGUCUGCUCGCCAUGGACGACGCUGACCGGCAGGUGCUGCGGCGGUGCCGGGUGCAGCUGGUCAGCGAGCUGCAGGUGGCCAACCUCUGGGACGCUCUGCUGACCUGCGAGCUCUUCCAGCCCGACAUGAUCGAGGACAUCCAGAGGGCAGGCUCUGGGUCUCGGCGUGAUCAGGCCAGGCAGCUGGUCACAGAUCUGGAGACUCGGGGGAGUCGGGCCCUUCCUCUGUUCAUCUCCUGCUUAGAGGACACAGGCCAGCAUAGCCUGGCUUCGUUGCUGAGAACGAGUAGCCAAACAGCAAGGCGGGACCCGGAAGCCAUCAGACACCUGCACCUCAAGCCUGUGGCGGUCAGACCAGAGGAGCUAAGAGCGGUGAAGCAGGACCCGUCGAAGCCGGCCCCAGGUAGACUCCCUCCAGCAGUGUUGGGGCCAGAGAAGCUCUAUCCACAGGUUCUCAGACCAGGUGUGCCCAGGCCAGUGGACAUUGGUGCUGGAGGAUUCAGUGAGAUCCGUGCUCAUGAGAGACAGAGGGGAAACCCUGAUUUGGCGUACAUCCUGAAUGCAGACCCCUGUGGCUACUGCCUCAUUAUCAACAACGUGAACUUCUGCCAUAAGUCGGGGCUCAGCACCCGCACCGGCUCCCACGUGGACUGCGAGAAGCUGCAGAGACGCUUCCGCUUGCUGCACUUCGCGGUGGAGGUGGAGAGCGACCUGACCGCGCAGCGAAUGCUCCGGGCUCUGGAGGAGCUGGCGCAGCGGGACCACGGGACCCUGGACUGCUGCGUGGUGGUCAUCCUCUCUCACGGCCGCCAGGCCAGCCACCUCCAGUUCCCGGGGGCUGUUUACGGCACAGACGGGUCUGCGGUGUCCGUGGAGAAAAUCGUGAACCUCUUCAACGGCACUCGCUGCCCCAGCCUGGGAGGGAAGCCCAAGCUGUUCUUCAUCCAGGCCUGCGGGGGAGAGAAGAAAGACCAAGGGUUUGAGGUGGUCUCUGCUUCCCGAGAGGACAGGGUCCCUGGCGGGAACCCCGAGCCAGACGCCCGCCCGUUCCAGGAGCCCCCCGGCGGCUACGACCAGCCGGACGCCGUGUCCAGUUUGCCCACACCGAGCGACAUCUUUGUGUCUUACUCCACCUUCCCAGGCUUUGUCUCCUGGAGGGACACCAAGAGCGGCUCCUGGUACAUUGAGACCCUGGAUGAUGUUCUGGAGCAGUGGGCUCCCUCGGACGACCUGCAGAGCCUCCUGCUCCGGGUCGCUAACGCCGUGUCGGAGAAAGGGACUUACAAGCAGAUCCCUGGCUGUUUUAAUUUCCUCCGGAAAAAACUCUUCUUUAAAACUUCAUGACGCCAGGGCCGCCGACCCUGCCUGACCUUUCACCCCCCCGCCUCCCUGCUCUGCGGCCUGGGCUUGCCUUCGACUCCGGCUGCCCCUGUGGAGGGAUUUUGUAGCCAUUGGGUGUCUGCUCUUUCUCAGCUGGUGGCAGACAGGCUCUUAGCAGCUUCCAAGUUGGAGAUAAGCAACCAACCGAUGAUGGAGGGAGGGAGCAGAAGAAUGCCAUGGACAGCGUGUGACACCCGCCCCCCCCCACCCCCCCGGGGGGCUGGCUGCCUGCCUGGCUAGCGACCGGGCCUGAUCCUCUGCUGGGGGCGGGGUGAUGUCCUGUGCAUUGUAGGAUGGUUAGCAGCGUCCCUGGCGUCUGCCCACGAGAUGCCUGCGGUAACAUUUGCCCCGACUGCCCAUCGCAUCUCUCUCUGAACAGUGCCAACCA